AUGGACAGACAGCGAGGCUAUGGUGUGCGCAGAAGAGGAGGCGGAAUUGGUGGUAGGAGGGAAAGGACCCGCCCCUUAGAGGAAGUUUAUUUGAGUGACGCAGAGUCUUCUUUUGAUGUACAGCCUACUCCACCUGUUGUGGAAGUAGUGGAUGCCGUUCGCUUAGCCAAACUGGUUAAGGAGAUCAAACAGUUAGGUGCAACCCCAUUUGAAGGGGGAGUUGAUCAUUGGGCAGCUGAUCAGUGGCUUGAGAAUAUGAUGAGUUGUUUCGAGAUGGUGAUUUGCUCUGAAACUGAGAAGUGGAAGAUUGCUGCUUAUCUUCUUCAGGGUGAUGCCAGGAUAUGGUGGGCUGGUCAGCGGAAUACAGUGAAUAUGGCUACGCUGACUUGGAAUGGUUUUGUGGAACUAUUCCAGGACAUGUACUUCCCUGAUGCAGUGAGGGAGCAGAUUGAGUUAGAUUUCAUUUCCCUGGAACAGGGGACUAUGACUGUGAGAGAGUAUGAAACACGGUUCACUCAAUUAUACAGAUUCGUUCCCCAGUUGGAUGCCCAAGCCUUGGCUAAGAAGUUCCUGAGAGGACUGAAUUCCAGGAUUAGGGAGAUAGUGUAUCCUCUUCGGUUAACCACCAAGGAAGAGAUCUUUGCUAGUGCCAUGGCCCAUGAACAGGCAACCAGCAUGCAUACGAGUGAACGGGGAGUUGUGAGAGAAUCCUUGGGAAAAGGGAAAGCGAUUGUGGGGAGCAGUGGUUCCAGGGAUCAUGGAGGUAGGUCGUGGAAGAGACAGCGGACCAGUUUCCAUCCACAGGCUCCAACUAGGAUGGUCAACCAGUACCAGGCCCCAGCCAGGGCAGCACCGGCUCCAUUUAGAGCUGUACCUGUGAGGCAAGUAGCACCAACUGCACCAGUGAAAUGCUACAACUGUGGUGAACAGGGCCAUAUCUCUAAGGUGUGUACGAAGGCGCAAAUUAGGGUGUGCUUUAAUUGUGGCCAGCCGGGACAUAUUUCCAGAGAGUGUACUCGACCUCAGGGUAGAAGACAGGGUAACCAGCAGAGACUACUACCUCCAGCACCAGCUAGAGUCUUUGCCAUUGGUCAAGGAGGCACUGGGGUGGAAGGUACCUUAUCUGUUUAUAGCUAUCUUGCUAGAGUAUUGUUUGAUACGGGAGCCUCCCACUCUUUCAUAUCUAGUUCAGUUGUGGAAGUGUUGGGUUUGAUUUCCAUGCCUCUUUUUAGAUCAUUAUGUGUUACAUCACCUCUCGGUGUGUCUCUUGAGCUGGAUAUGUUUUGUGAUGAUUGCCCUAUUGGGAUAGGUGGUAGAGAGUUCUCUGCCUCAUUGAUUGUGAUACCGGAUCACACGUAUGAUGUGAUUUUGGGUAUGGAUUGGUUGAGCCCGAACCAUGCAUUGAUUGAUUGCUUUAGAAUGAUUGUGUCCUUCCAUAUUCCUGGACAACCAGUGUUUCAUUACCGUUGUCUGAAGUCCGACAUUACCAUGCGGGCAGGGAUUUUGGCUCAUAUUGAGUCAGGGAGUAGUAUUUCUGAGAUUACAAGGAUUCCUGUAGUUUCAGAAUAUGCUGAUGUGUUUAAGGAGAUACCAGGGUUGCCUCCAAAAAGGGUAAUCGACUUCUCCAUUGAUGUGAUACCAGGUACUGCCCCGGUAUCGAAAGCACCCUAUCGGAUGGCUCCAGCUGAACUUCAGGAGUUGAAGGUUCAGAUUGAUGGAUUACUGGCUCAAGGGUUUAUACAGGCUAGUGAUAUUCCAAAAACGGCGUUCAGGACCAGGUAUGGACAUUUUGAGUUCCUUGUCAUGCCUUUUGGUCUAACUAAUGCACCAGCGGCAUUCAUGGACUUAAUGAACCGUACGUUCAGUCCUUACUUAGAUCAGUUUGUAGUGGUGUUCGUUGACGACAUCUUAAUUUAUUCAAAGUCAUCAGAUGAGCAUGAGAAACAUUUACGGAUUGUACUACAGACGCUAAGAGAGAAGAAAUUGUUUGCCAAGUUUGAAAAGUGCGACUUUUGGCAAAAGGAAGUCAAGUUCCUUGGUCACGUAGUUUCAAAGGAUGGAGUUUCUGUGGAUCCUUCGAAAGUUGAAGCAGUGAUGAGUUGGAGUCGCCCCACUACUGUUACAGAGAUCCGUAGCUUCCUUGGAUUAGCAGGUUACUACAGGCGCUUCAUUGAGGGGUUUUCUAGUAUCGCUUCAGCUUUGACUAAGUUGACACGGAACGACACUCAGUUUAUAUGGACGGAUGAGUGUGAGAAGGCUUUCAGUGAGCUAAAGACAAGAUUGACAACAGCUCCAGUGUUAACUAUUCCAUCUAGUGGAGGUGGUUUAGUUAUCUACAGUGAUGCAUCUCAUCAGGGUUUGGGGUGUGUGUUGAUGCAGAAUGGUGGCGUUGUUGCUUAUGGUUCUAGACAACUGAAAGUUCAUGAGCGAAACUACCCCACUCAUGAUCUAGAGUUGGCCGCGGUAGUGUUUGCCUUGAAGAUUUGGAGACACUAUCUAUAUGGUGAGAAAUUCGAACUCUUUUCUGAUCAUAAGAGUUUGAAGUACCUAUUCUCCCAGAAGGAGUUGAACAUGAGACAGAGGAGGUGGAUGGAGCUCAUCAAAGACUAUGAUUUCACUUUGGAAUUCCAUAAGGCAUUGGGCACGUCUUUAGCUAUGAGCACCGCAUUCCAUCCACAGACAGAUGGGCAAACUGAGAGAGUGAAUCAGGUGAUGGAGGAUAUGCUUAGAGCUUGUGUGUUGGACUUUAAGGGAAGUUGGGCGGAUCACCUACCAUUGAUAGAGUUUGCCUACAACAACAGUUAUUACGCCAGCAUCGGCAUGGCCCCAAGUAGGGGAGAAGGGACUCUUUGGUCCUGCACUUGUUCUGGAGACUACAGAGAAGAUCACUACUAUUCGGGGUAG